GAGAGAAUCCCAAUGCUUUCCUAAUUAGAACCUCUUUGCUUCUCAAUUGAGUCUUGAGGUUUCUUGUGCAGAGCCACUUCCUAGUAGCUUCUCGCAGCAGCGAAGCCAGAAGUAAAAGGAGCAUGCAGCUAGUGGUGGAAGUUGUAGAUGCUCAUGAUCUUAUGCCCAAAGAUGGUGAAGGGUCAGCUAGUCCAUUCGUAGAAGUUGAUUUCGAAAACCAGCUAAGUCGAACCAGAAGUGUCCAUAAAAAUCUAAACCCCAUUUGGAACCAAAAGCUCUUCUUCAAUUUCGACAAAACCAAAAACUACAACCAUCAAUCCAUUGAAGUCUCUGUUUACAAUGAGAGGAAACCACUUCCUGGCCGAAACUUUCUUGGAAGGGUGAGAAUUCCUUGCUCAAACAUUGUCAAGAAAGGCGAAGAAGCUUAUCAAGCAUUCCGGUUAGAAAAUAAGUGGUUUUUCUCAUCUGUCAAAGGUGAGAUUGGCCUCAAAGUUUAUCUCUCGCAAGAAUCCGAGCCCAAGUCUCCUCCUUUAUCCUCUUCACCACCAUUGCAACCCUUAGCAACCUCUAGUCCUCCUCCUUCCAAUCCUCUUGUUUCAGAAACCACAAGCAUUAGUAACACAUCAUCUGCUCUUCCCAAAUCUGCACUUGCCAUUGUUGACACUCCUAAAGUGACAACAGAUGCACCCGAAAUAGAAAUUCCCACACUUGCUGUCAUUGAAAGUCCUAUUUCUCAUUUUGCAGCAGUUAAGUCUAGUUGCAGCAUUCCUGCUGAAGAGCCAAAGGAAGAGAUCAAAGAACCUGUUGAAGUAAGAACAGAGACAACACAACACAUAUACAAGCACCAAGUUCUGCAGCAACCAGUCCUAUCAGUGGGAAAACAACCAGAAGGUGUCCUCUUCACAAUGCAUCAACAGGUCAAUCCACAACCUCAUCCUAGCCACCAAGAAGAUUUUGAAUUGAAGGACACGAAUCCCCAACUUGGUGAACGGUGGCCAAGUGGAGGAUCAUAUGGCGGAAGGGGGUGGAUGAGCACUGAGAGAUUCACAAGCACCUAUGACCUUGUGGAGCAGACGUUUCAUCUUUAUGUUCGAGUUGUGAAGGCCAAAGAUCUUCCGCCCAGCUCCAUUACCGGUAGCUGCGAUCCUUAUGUAGAAGUGAAGCUCGGGAACUAUAAAGGAAGGACAAAACAUUUUGAGAAGAAACUGAACCCCGAGUGGAACCAGGUAUUUGCUUUCUCCAAAGAUCGUAUUCAAUCAUCUUCGCUAGAAGUUUUUGUAAAGGAUAAAGAAAUGAUAGGAAGAGAUGAUUAUCUUGGAAGGGUGCUUUUUGACCUGAAUGAGGUUCCAACGAGGGUUCCACCUGAUAGCCCGCUGGCUCCCCAGUGGUACAGAUUGGAGGACAGGCGUGGGGAAGGGAAGGUGAGGGGACAAAUCAUGGUUGCAGUUUGGAUGGGAACACAAGCCGACGAGGCCUUUCCUGAGGCAUGGCAUUCAGAUGCUUCAUAUGUGCAGGGAGAGGGUGUUUUCAACAUCCGGUCCAAAGUUUAUGUCUCACCAAAACUUUGGUACCUCAGGGUAAACAUCAUUGAAGCUCAGGACAUUAUUCCAAAUGACAAAAGCCGCCUCCCUGAUGUUUUUGCGAAAGCCCAGGUGGGAAACCAAGUGCUCAAAACGAAGGUGAGCCCAACUCGCACAGCAAACCCACUCUGGAAUGAAGAUCUUGUCUUUGUAGCUGCCGAGCCUUUUGAGGAACAACUGGUCCUUACUGUUGAGGACCGAGUACAUCCUGCAAAAGAUGAUGUGCUGGGGAAGUUAAGUCUACCACUAAACAUUUUUGAGAAGAGGCUUGACCACCGGCCAGUCCAUUCUCGAUGGUUCAACCUCGAGAAGUUUGGUUUUGGUGUUCUGGAAGCUGACAGGAGGAAAGAACUCAAGUUUGCAAGCAGGAUACAUUUGAGAGUUUGCCUUGAAGGUGGAUACCAUGUACUAGAUGAAACAACUAUGUACCUAAGUGAUCAGAGGCCAACGGCAAGACAGCUCUGGAAGCAGCCAGUUGGAAUAUUGGAAGUGGGUAUAUUAGGCGCACAAGGCCUUCUGCCCAUGAAGAUGAAAAAUGGUCGAGGAAGUACAGAUGCUUAUUGUGUGGCCAAAUAUGGCCAGAAAUGGGUUCGAACCAGAACAAUUCUUGAUACCUUCAGUCCCAAAUGGAAUGAGCAAUACACAUGGGAAGUCUAUGAUCCGUGCACGGUGAUAACAAUGGGAGUUUUCGACAACUGCCACUUGGGAGGUGAGCAAAAUGGUGCUGGUGCAGCACGCGACUCGCGGAUUGGAAAGGUACGGAUUCGGCUAUCAACGCUAGAAGCUCAUCGUAUCUACACACAUUCUUACCCACUUCUUGUUCUGCAUGCAUCUGGGGUGAAGAAGAUGGGUGAGCUCCAACUAGCUGUUCGGUUCACUAGCCUAGCUCUAGCUCACACGAUAUACCUUUAUGGCCAUCCCUUGCUGCCAAAAAUGCAUUACUUGCAUCCUUUCACAGUGAACCAAGUAGACAAUCUGAGAUACCAAGCCAUGAAUAUUGUUGCCGUAAGGCUUGGGCGAGCUGAACCACCACUCAGAAAGGAGGUGGUUGAGUAUAUGUUAGACGUGGAUUCCCACAUGUGGAGUAUGAGAAGAAGCAAAGCGAACUUCUUUAGGAUCAUGUCCCUACUUUCUGGUAUGAUAUCAGUGAGCCGAUGGUUUGGUGAUGUUUGCCAUUGGAAGAACCCCAUCACAUCAGUUCUAUUUCAUGUUCUGUUUCUGAUACUGAUCUGGUACCCAGAGCUGAUACUGCCUACUCUCUGUCUCUACAUGUUCCUAAUCGGGCUAUGGAACUAUAGAUUCAGACCAAGACACCCACCUCAUAUGGACACUAAACUUUCGUGGGCAGAGGCAGUGAACCCAGAUGAGCUUGAUGAAGAAUUCGACACAUUCCCAUCUACCAAAUCACACGAUGUAGUUCGAAUGAGGUAUGACAGGCUCAGAAGUGUGGCUGGGAGGAUUCAAACAGUCGUGGGAGACAUAGCUACGCAAGGGGAAAGAUUUUCGUCACUACUCAGCUGGAGAGACCCGAGAGCAACCAGCCUUUUCAUAAUGUUCUGUCUUUGUGCCGCGGUGGUGCUCUAUGUGACCCCAUUUAGAGUUGUGGCUUUAGUUGCAGGACUUUAUAUGCUGCGACAUCCUAGGUUCCGAAGCAAGUUGCCUUCUGUUCCUAGCAAUUUCUUUAAGAGAUUGCCAGCUCGAACAGACAGCUUGCUUUAAAGCUCUUGACAGAGCGAACCAAGUAUUUUUUAUUUUCUGAUAAAUAACUUUUCAUGUAUGAAUUUUAAUGUCAUGUUUGAAGUCUUUUUCAUCA